UUUUUUUUUUGAGUUCAAGAGCCGCCCUGCUUCUUCAGUGAGUCCCCGCUAGCGACUCGCUCGGCAACGGGGACAGCAACCAUGAGGCCAAUUGAUCUCGCCAGCCGGUCGGGCGUGGCCCUGAAGAGGGCAUUCCAAGCGCAACAGCUCCGCCGUGUGGCGAGCACGCGAGCAUACUCGAAUUCGACCGGGCCCCUCCUCCCUCCGACUUAUGAGCGGCUCUACAACAAGUACGCCGAGGUCCGCCGCGUGCUGGGCACGCAGCGGCUGACGCUGGCGGAGAAGAUCCUGUAUAGUCACCUGGACAACGUCGAGGAGUCGUUGCUGUCCAACACGAACAAUGGUCGCGACAUCCGCGGCAACGCCAACCUCAAGCUGCGGCCCGACCGCGUCAACAUGCAGGACGCCUCGGCCCAGAUGGCCCUGCUGCAGUUCAUGUCGUGCAACCUGCCGAAGACGGCCAUCCCCGCGAGCAUUCACUGCGACCACCUGAUCGUCGGCGAGCGCGGCGCCGACGACGACCUGGCCGCCGGCGUCAAGACGAACCAGGAGGUCUUUGACUUCCUCGAGUCGGCCGCCAAGAAGUACGGCAUCGACUUCUGGCCCCCGGGCGCCGGCAUCAUCCACCAGACCGUGCUCGAGAACUACGCUCUCCCGGGCCUGAUGAUGCUGGGCACCGACAGCCAUUCCCCGAACGCCGGGGGGCUCUCCACCAUCACCAUCGGCGUGGGCGGAGCGGACGCCGUCGAGGCGCUCGUCGGCGCCCCCUGGGAGCUCAAGGCGCCCAAGAUCCUGGGCGUCAAGCUGACCGGCCGGCUGAACGACUGGGUGUCGCCCAAGGAUCUGAUCCUCCACCUCGCCGGGCUCCUUACCGUCCGCGGCGGCACCGGUUAUAUCGUCGAGUACUUCGGGCCCGGCGUCGACACGCUGAGCCUCACGGGCAUGGCGACGGCUUGCAACAUGGGCGCCGAGAUCGGCGCGACCACCUCCAUCUUCCCCUACACCGAAGCCUCGAGCCGGUACCUGAAGGCGACCCGGAGAGAGCAGGCCAGCAGGGACGCCGAAGUCUUCCAGAACUUCCCCGGCGCCGGCGCUACCGAGGACGCCUUCUUCAGGUUCAGGGCCGACGAGGGCGCUCAGUACGACCAGCUCAUCGAGAUCGACCUGUCCAAGCUCGAGCCGCACAUCAACGGGCCCUUCACCCCGGACCUGGCCACCCCGCUAUCGCAGUUCAAGAAGACGGUCCAGGAAGAGCGGUGGCCCGAGAAGCUGUCGGCGGGUCUCAUCGGCAGCUGCACUAACAGCUCGUACGAGGACAUGACGCGCGUCGAGAGCCUCGUCCGCGAGGCCGAGAAGGCCGGCCUCAAGCCCAAGGCCGACUUCUACAUCACCCCCGGCAGCGAGCAGAUCCGGGCGACGCUCGAGCGCGACGGGACCCUCGAGACCUUUACCAAGGCCGGCGGCGUCCUCCUCUCGAACGCGUGCGGCCCCUGCAUCGGCCAGUGGAAGCGCCACGACGGCGUAGAGAAGGGGACGCGCAACGCGAUCCUGACGUCGUACAACCGCAACUUCCGCGGCCGCAACGACGGCAACCCCGAGACCAUGAACUUCCUCGCCUCCCCCGAGAUCGUCACCGCCAUGGCCUACGCCGGCUCCACCACCUUCAACCCCAUGACCGACACCCUGACCACCCCCUCGGGCGCCGAGUUCCGCUUCCCGCCCCCGCGAGGCCUCGAGGGUCCCCGGACGCCCUUCGAGCAGGGCAAGCAAGCCUUCGCCGUCGCCUCCCAGCCGCCCGACCCGACGGUGCGGGUGGCCAUCUCCCCCUCCUCCGAGCGCCUCGCCCUGCUCGAGCCCUUCGACCCCUUCCCGCAGUCGGACCUCGCCGGUCUGCGCGUGCUCGUCAAGGUCGCCGGCAAGUGCACGACCGACACCAUCUCGGCCGCGGGGCCGUGGCUCAAGUACAAGGGCCACCUGCCCAACAUCAGCGCCAACACGCUCAACACGGCCGUCAACGCCGAGACGGGCGAGGUCAACGUCGCCUACGACUAUCUGGCGUCUCCUUCUUCCCCCGAGAAGGUGACGAUCCCGGAGCUCGCCCGCCGCUGGAAGGAGCGCGGCCAGCCGUGGCUCGUCGUCGCCGAGCACAACUACGGCGAGGGUUCGGCGCGCGAGCACGCGGCGCUGCAGCCGCGCUACCUGGGCGCGCGCCUCAUCGUGUGCAAGAGCUUCGCGCGCAUCCACGAGACCAACCUGAAGAAGCAGGGCGUCGUCCCGCUCACCUUCGCCGACCCGGCAGACUACGAGCGCAUCGCUGCCGGCGACGAGGUCGCCACCCUCGGCCUGUACGAGAUGCUGCAGCGCGGCGGCGAGGGGGACGUCCGCCUCGAGGUCACCAAGCGCGCCACCGGCGAGGUCUUUGAGGUCCCCGUCAAGCAUACCGUCAGCCAAGACCAGGCCAAGUUCAUCCUGGCCGGCAGCGCAUUGAACCUCUUGUCCAGGGGAGGUUAAUCGGGGGAAAAGAUAGAAGAGAGAGAGAGGGAGGGAGAGAGAGACGUUAGGAAUGUCGGUUGCUGUUCGCAAGCUGCCUUGGUGUGUUAGUUUUUGCCUACCGUUUACUAUAUAUAAUCUUGGAGUAUAUGGGGCCAAGGC